CUUGCGCAUAUUUGUCCUAUAUUGUAGAUUUAAUAUACACCGCGGCAAGUGGAGAGUGUAUUAUAAUGCUGCCCAUGUGUAUGUUUGCUGUAUAAUGCAUACAAACGUAGCAAAUACAACAUAUUUCAUUUAUUAAACGGCUGGCAGCUCCGUCAGUAUAACAGCGAAUUAUUAAUAGCUAAAGCUGCAAGCUGAUACACUUAAUCUGUAGCAGAGAGUUUAAUACACACUGAGCAUAAUACAUCAGACUACAGCCAACAUCAGUGUAGAAAACAGCUGUAUAAUUGUAUUAAAUUGAAUAUUUAGUGUGCCGGCAGCGCGAAGGACAGUCAGUUGGUGUGUAGACGCCGAGGGGAACGUACGUCGCCGCUCCUCCGCCUGCAGCUGUACUAUCGUAUCCGGACUCUCAGUGUUCCGGUAUCCGGCCCUCACCGCUCCGGAUAAGAGUGCCAUGGUAGCUGUGCUGAGUGCCGGCCCUCUCCUGGCACGGUGCCUGCCCUCCUCCCGAGCCCUCGCAAGGCGCUGGAUCAGUAGAAAUGUACGAGGCCGGAUUCUGGGAAUCCGUCGUGAGGACCAAAGCGUUUGGGAGAGACGCGCCCCACUUGGUCCCUCUCAGGUUAGACAGCUAGUAAAAAAUGGGGUCAAGGUCAUCGUGCAGCCAUCAAACCGUCGUGCAUACCCCAUGCAGGCGUACCAGAAUGUGGGAGCCAAGGUACAGGAAGACCUGUCGGAGGCGCCGGUGAUCAUUGGUGUGAAACAAGUCCCCAUCGACCAACUAAUCCCUAAUAGAACCUACUGCUUCUUCUCUCACACAAUAAAAGCCCAAGAGGCCAAUAUGCCACUUCUCGACGCCAUUUUAGAGAAGAACAUCCGCCUGAUUGACUAUGAGCGAAUGUGUGACCGACAAGGGCAGCGUGUGGUGGCCUUUGGCAAGUACGCCGGGGUGGCGGGAAUGAUCAACGUUCUCAAUGGUCUCGGGCUUCGACUUCUGGCUCUUGGUCACCAUACACCUUUCAUGCAUAUUGGACCGGCUCACAAUUACCGUAACACAGAGAUGGCUAGACAAUCAAUUCGUGACACUGGUUACGAAAUCUCACUUGGCAUGAUGCCUAACUCCAUCGGUCCUCUGACGUUUAUCUUCACAGGCACUGGCAACGUGUCUCAGGGGGCCCAGGAGAUAGUCCAAGAACUACCCCACGAGUACGUCUCCGUCAAGGCUCUUAAGAAAGUAGCCGAGCACGGGUCUACCAGCAAAAUAUACUGCUGUGAGGUGAGUCGCCGGGACCACCUUGUUAAAAAAGAUGGCGGCAAAUAUGAUGCUGUGGAGUACGAGGAACAUCCAGAGAGAUACAUCUCCGUCUUUGCCCAUAAGGUGGCCCCAUAUGCAUCUGUUAUCAUCAAUGGGAUCUACUGGGCGCUCAACUCCCCGAAGCUGCUGACCAUCCCUGACGCCAAGUAUCUUCUCCAGCCAGUAUACACCCCCUGGCUCCCCACCUCUCGAGGGUCUCCAUCUCUGCCUCACCGAAUGCUGGCCAUCUGUGACAUCUCGGCAGAUCCGGGCGGCUCCAUAGAAUUUAUGACAGAGUGCACAACUAUUGACACUCCCUUCUGUCUCUACGAUGCUGACCAGAAUAAAGAUACUAAGAGUUUCAAGGGUCCAGGCGUGCUGGUGUGCAGCAUUGACAACAUGCCCACACAGCUCCCACGAGAGGCCACGGACUCCUUUGGCUCCCUGCUGCUUCCCCACAUGUACGACAUCUUGCAGUCAGAUGCCUCCAAGCCAUUUGAGGAGCAAUCAUUCACUCAUGAGGUUCAUGGGGCCGUCAUAACUAGUGGUGGUCGCUUGACUGAAAACUUUGAAUACAUUGCAGAUCUCCGUGCCCAAAGCAGAAGAGCGACGAGCAAGUCUGCUGUUGACAUGGCCAGCAAGGAGCACAAGGUGUUGGUGCUUGGUGCCGGGUAUGUGUCUGCUCCGCUGGUUGAGUACCUCUCACGCAACUCCAACACUGGCAUCAUCGUGGCUUCAGAUCUACAGGACGAAGCAGAUGCUCUUGCGUCUAAACACCCGAACGUUGAGUCAGUACUGCUGGAUGUUGUGGAGCGUCCGGACCUCCUGGAAGACCUGGUGAGAGGUGCAGAUGUUGUGGUGUCACUGCUUCCAUAUAUGCUCCAUCAUGUGAUUGCCAAGCACUGCAUCCAACAAAAGACGAACUUGGUGACUGCUUCGUACUGCACUGCAGAAAUGCAAGAACUUCACCAGGCUGCAGCUGAUGCGGGCGUCACCAUGGUUAAUGAGGUUGGGCUCGAUCCCGGCAUUGACCAUCUCUUUGCUAUGGAAUGCUUUGAGGAGGUUCAACGAGGGGGUGGUAAGAUCGACUCGUUUGUGUCAUACUGCGGAGGACUCCCAGCUCCGGAGUUCUCCGACAACCCAUUACGCUAUAAGUUCUCGUGGAGUCCUCGAGGCGUUCUAAUAAACACACUUUCUGGUGCCAAGUAUAUUGAAGAGGGACAGGUUGUUGAAAUUCCCCCUGGCGGCACACUUUUGGAUUCCACCAAAGAUUUCACAUUCCUUCCUGGCUUGGCACUCGAGGGCUUCCCUAACCGUGACUCGACCGUUUAUAGAAGCCUUUAUGGUAUCCCCGAGGCAAAGACGGUUCUAAGAGGCACCCUACGCUUCAGGGGCUUCUCUGAAGUGGUCAAGGGCUUGCAGAGGAUUGGUCUGAUUGAUCCUGAGCCUCACCCCAUGUUGCAUCGUGGAGGCCCCGACAUCACUUGGAGACAACUGCUGUGUAGUCUACUCGGCCAAAUGGACUCCAAUAUCUUCUAUGAUAACCUGAAGACGCUGGUGUUAGAGCGGGUGGACAACGAGAACCAGCUUAACAGCAUUGAAGCGCUGGGACUACUGAAGGACGACCAGGUGCACAAGGCUGGCACGCCCCUCGACACACUCUCCCACUACCUCUCCAAGAGGCUCGAGCUUGGACCUGGCGAGCGUGAUUUAAUCGUUCUUCGUCAUGAGAUUGGUAUCACUUGGCCAGAUGGCAGGAAAGAGUUAAAGGGCAUCAACUUGGUGACGUAUGGCGAUCCCAAUGGUUACUCGGCCAUGGCAAAGACUGUGGGCUAUCCAACCGCCAUUGCCACCAAGAUGGUCUUGGAUGGAGAGAUCCAGGGUAAUGGCAUGGUUCUUCCAUUUACGCGUGACAUCUACAAGCCUCUCAUCACCAGAUUGCAGAACGAAGGCAUAACUGCUACAGAAAAAUCAACUUGGUUUUAAACAUUAAUAAAUUAGAUAUAUGUAGUUAACAUCUUUUUAUACUGUGUGAUAAUUCUUGUAAUAUGGGUAAUGAAACAUUUGUUACGUAUA